AGAGGAGAGAGAGACCAAGAAGCAAACAUCCUGCUCCGAUGAUUUCCUCUUCUCCGUCAUAACGAUUCAAUUGUUAAAUUCGCGAAUUCACUUGGGGGAAUCAUGACGGAGGUAGGGCAGGAGACGGUGGAUUUCGCCGCUCUCGUGGGGAGGGCGGCGGAGGAAUCGUACGUCGCGCUGAAGGAACUGGUGGAGAAAUCCAAGUCUUCGGAGUCGAUGCCGGACUCCGAGAAGAAGAUUAUGAUUCUCAAGUACAUUGUUAAGACGCAGCAGCGGAUGCUCCGUCUUGAUGUCCUCGCUAAGUGGUGCCAGCAGGUCCCUUUGAUACAAUAUUGCCAACAACUUUCGUCGACUCUGUCCAGUCAUGAAACUUGUUUCACUCAAGCUGCAGAUUCCAUGUUUUUUAUGCAUGAGGGACUACAACAAGCUCGAGCUCCUAUUUAUGAUGUUCCCUCUGCCAUUGAGGUUCUACUUACUGGAAACUAUCAGCGUUUACCAAAAUGUGUUGAAGAUGUGGGCAUGUUGGGCACAUUGAAUGAGGACCAGCAAGGGCCAGCUUUAAAGAAACUAGAUACACUUGUUAGGUCCAAGUUACUUGAAGUUUCACUGCCAAAAGAAUUUACCGAAAUUAGAGUCUCUGAUGGUGUUGUCACACUCCGUGUCGAUGGGGAAUUUAAAAUUCUUGUUACACUUGGUUAUCGAGGUCACUUAUCAAUGUGGAGAAUAUUGCAUUUGGAGCUGCUUGUUGGUGAGAGAAGUGGACUCGUGAAAGUAGAAGCCUCACGACGACAUGCUCUAGGAGAUGAUUUGGAACGUAGAAUGGCUGCAUCAGAAUCACCAUUCAUGAUGCUGUAUUCUAUCCUACAUGAGCUAUGUGUUGCCCUUACUAUGGACACUGUUAUAAGACAAGUGAAUGCACUUCGACAAGGCAGGUGGAAGGAUGCCAUUCGCUUUGAACUCAUAUCGGAUGGUACUGUUGGGCAGGGAGGGAGCACUGGCUUCUCUCAAGAUGGAGAAACUGAUUCUGCUGGGUUGCGGACUCCUGGAUUGAAAAUCAUAUACUGGUUAGAGCUUGAUAAAAGUAAUGCUUCAUCUGAAGCAGGGGCAUCCCCAUUCUUAAAAAUUGAACCAGGUCCUGAUAUGCAAAUAAAGUGUUUUCUUGAAGACUUCAUCAAUGGAGGUGAGGUUGCAUCUCUUUUGGAUUGCAUUCGAUUGACUGCUGGACCACUGCAUGCUCUUGCUGCCGCUACAAGGCCUGCACGAGCUGCUCCUGUUUCCGGACUCCCUGGCAUCACAGCUUCUCUUUCUUCCACUUUAAAGCAGACUGGAUAUGUGCCAUCUCAGGGUCUGCCUAGCAAUGUCAACACAAAUGCUAGUCAAGCUUCAUCUGGUCCUGUAGGUAAUCCUGGUAUAACCCCACAACCAGGCCCUAUUGGAACUCACAAUACAGCAGCUGUGUUGGCAGCGGCAGCAGCUGCAGCGGCGAGAGGCGGACCUGGAAUUGUUCCCAGUUCAUUGUUGCCCAUUGAUGUUUCUGUGGUACUAAGAGGCCCAUAUUGGAUUAGGAUUAUAUAUCGCAAAAAAUUUGCAGUUGACAUGCGGUGCUUUGCUGGAGACCAAGUAUGGUUGCAACCAGCUACCCCACCAAAAGUUGGUCAACCCAUCGGAGGAUCCCUUCCAUGCCCGCAAUUUCGACCUUUUAUUAUGGAGCAUGUUGCUCAAGAAUUGAAUGGCAUAGAUUCUAAUUUUCCAGCUGCUCAGCAAGCACUUGGAUUGCCUAAUCCAAACAGUGCCAAUCCAGGUCCAACUCCAGCUCCACAGUUGUCAGCUGCUUCGGGGAAUAGGACCAACCUCCCAAGUGCUGCUGCAGUAUCUCGAGCAGGAAACGCGCUAGCUGCUUUGAACCGCAUAGGUACUGCUCUUCCAGGAGCAACCAAUUUACCCAUGGGUAGUCCAUUACGUAGACCACCUGGUUCUGGGGUCCCUGCUCAUGUUAGAGGAGAACUGAAUACUGCUAUUAUCGGACUUGGCGAUGAUGGUGGUUAUGGGGGAGGGUGGGUCCCUCUUGUGGCACUUAAAAAGGUCCUUAGAGGCAUUCUUAAGUAUCUCGGAGUUCUCUGGCUAUUCGCACAAUUACCAGAUCUUCUCAAGGAGAUCCUUGGAUCGAUUUUGAAGGAUAAUGAAGGUGCUUUGUUGAAUUUGGAUCAGGAGCAGCCUGCCCUGCGCUUCUUCGUCGGAGGUUAUGUGUUCGCAGUUAGUGUUCACAGAGUCCAGCUUCUUCUCCAAGUUCUCAGUGUGAAAAGGUUUCAUCAUUCUCAACAACAGCAACAAAACCCUGCCGCUGCCCAAGAGGAACUGACUCAGUCCGAAAUAGGAGAGAUAUGCGACUACUUUAGCCGGCGUGUUGCAUCAGAGCCGUACGACGCUUCUCGGGUUGCUUCAUUCAUUACUCUUCUGACUUUGCCAAUCUCAGUCUUGAGAGAGUUUUUGAAACUCAUAGCGUGGAAGAAAGGGUUAGGUCAAGGGCAAGGAGCCGAAGCCGCCCCCGCACAAAAAUCCCGUAUCGAGCUGUGCCUCGAGAAUCACAUGGGGUACAACAGAGAAGGGGUCUCUGAUAGCUCAUCAGCCUCCAAGAGCAAUAUCCACUAUGACCGAGCCCAUAACUCGGUCGACUUUGCAUUGACCGUGGUUCUCGAUCCCGCCCACAUACCCCAUCUGAAUGCUGCUGGCGGUGCUGCCUGGUUGCCAUACUGCGUCUCUGUCAGGCUAAGAUACUCAUUCGGUGAAAGCCCCGUGGUGUCCUUCCUCGGAAUGGAGGGCAGCCACGGAGGGCGCGCCUGCUGGCUGCGCGGCGACGACUGGGACAAAUGCAAGCAGAGAGUGAUGAGAAACGUGGAAGCGAACGGAUCAUCAGCUGGUGAUAGCAAUCAGGGAAGGUUGAGAGUGGUGGCCGACAACGUGCAGCGAACGUUACACGCAUGCCUUCAAGGGCUACGGGACGGCAUUGGGAUGACGUAACCGGAGGAGCUGCAUUCUGUGGAAACUAGGAGAAGUAUGAUUUAAUGUUUGUUCCACCUUGUACAUAGGUUUUACUGAGAAUGUUUUGUUAUGAUGAAAAAACAAGUUUUGAGUUAAGAUGUGAUUUGUUUGUAA